UACUGUUCAGCUGCUGGGAUAAUGGACCAAACACCAAGUUAUUCCAUGAGUGGAAUGGAAUCUGGGAUUUGCCUUCAACAGGACCUCAAAUGGUGAGCAUGGCUGGACUCCUGCAGGUGAAGACAAGAGGAUAUUUCAGUACUUCAGUGAAAAAUGAAUUCUGCCCGCAAAUUUGAAGAUAGUCAGUCUGAAGAAAGAACCCUUCCAUGACCUUAGUGAUGAACUCAUCUCUCCAGUUACGUGUGCUAGAACUUAAUUUAAACAGUUUGGAGGGUAACAGCACAAUACCAACCAGCAAGACCAAGCCCUCAUCAUGCGAUCAAGUGGUAAUAGCUGCAGAGGUAUUUCUAACACUUGGCAUAGUGAGCCUCCUUGAGAACAUUCUCGUCAUCUUUGCAGUUAUUAAGAAUAAGAAUCUGCAUUCCCCUAUGUAUUUCUUUGUAUGUAGCCUAGCGGUUGCUGAUAUGUUAGUUAGUGUGUCCAAUGCUUGGGAGACAAUUACAAUAAAUUUAAUAAAAAAUAGGCUUUUAGUUAUGGAAGAUGCUUUUAUUCGGCAUAUUGAUAAUGUUUUCGACUCAAUGAUCUGCAUAUCUGUGGUGGCUUCCAUGUGCAGUUUACUUGCAAUAGCGGUGGACAGAUACAUCACCAUCUUUUAUGCUCUACGUUACCAUAACAUUAUGACAAUGAAAAGAGCAGGCAUCAUUAUUGCAUGUAUAUGGACAUUCUGCACUGGAUGUGGGAUUAUCUUCAUUCUUUAUUAUGAAUCCACAUAUGUUAUAAUUUGUCUUAUUUCAAUGUUUUUCACAAUGCUUUUUCUCAUGGUAUCUCUGUAUAUCCAUAUGUUCUUGCUGGCACGCACCCAUGUUAAAAGGAUAGCAGCUUUACCUGGAUACAACUCAGUCCAUCAGAGGACAAGUAUGAAGGGAGCAAUAACUCUGACCAUACUGAUAGGCAUUUUUAUUGUAUGCUGGGCUCCAUUCUUUCUCCAUCUUAUUCUCAUGAUUUCUUGUCCGCAGAACCUAUAUUGUGUGUGUUUUAUGUCCCACUUUAAUAUGUAUCUGAUUCUCAUUAUGUGUAACUCUGUCAUUGACCCUUUGAUAUAUGCAUUUCGCAGUCAGGAAAUGCGAAAAACUUUUAAGGAAAUAAUAUGUUGCUGCAGUAUGAGAAUUAUAUGUGAUUUUCCUAGCAAAUAUUAAGAGCAUAUUUUAUUAACAGAAUGGCUAACAACAACGCAUAAUAACCAAAAUGUUAACAAGUAUCAUAGUACAUACUACAUAGUAAUAUUAGUCAAUAAGACUAUUAAAUCUUCAAAGGUUUGAUGAACAACCUGUUGUGAAGCAUUUGUCUUUUGUGUGAAAAAAAACACUCUGGAUGGAUACUGGUCCUGCUCCAAUUAUAAUGUACACAAUACACCUAACUAGAUGGAUAAUAAAUGUGUGUAAUAUGAUAA